UUGACCCUUGAGGAUUUAUCCUUUUGUUUUGUGUGUGUCAAAACGGUUAAAUGUUUGACUGAUUUGGUCAUUGUUCCAGCCUCAAUAAGAAAUACGUUUCCUUAAAACUGUUUUUAUGUAUCCAGACGUUCUGGUCAAUACUUAUCAGCCCAUCUGUUCUUAGAAUCUUUCGUCCAUUUCCAUUUGAUUUAUAGACGGAGGAGAAAGAUUAGUAACGGAGGCAGCCAUUGCCCGUGAAGCACAAGCAAUGGAAAAGAAUCAGAAAAAAGGACACAAUAAAAAGGGUUUUCAUCUAAAGAAGCAUAAAAAAGCUGAUCCAAGAGCAACCAACAAAGGAGUGAACGAUGAGAAGCCUGUUCUGUUCCAGUUGGGGAGCAUUGCUAUGGUCAGUGAUUCUCGUCUCAAGGCGGAUCCAGAGAUCACCAACAGCAUACCUGCGUCUCCUACCUCGUCUUCAUCAUCAUCAUCCUUAGGGAACAACAAUGCAAAAGACAGGAAACUAUCCGAGUUACAAAGUUCAUCGAACACACUUGGGUCACAAGUCUCCGGUGUGACUCACGCAUCAUCAGUAGAGCCUGCGCUUCUUUCUUCGCCUUCUGUUCAGUUGAUGGAUAGAGAAGGAUCUGACCUACUACCUCAGAGAAAAUCUUUGCCGGUCUUGGAGAGAAACCUGAGCGCGGUCUCGAAUGAUUCUCUGUUUAGUCUCAGCAUAGGUGAUAACACAAUAUCGAGGGAUGAGUUGUUUAGCUACCGUGACUUCAAAGCUGGAGAGCUUUUGAAAUCUGGUGAGCUGUUGGCUUUCUGCCCUUCUGUCAAUGUUACUGUUGACUCUUCUGAUGUUGGUAAGAGCUUUGAUUUGGAGGACAAAGCGACUGAGUUGUUAGGAAGUGACAGUGAUGAUGAUAAGUCGUCGAACUCGGAAGUAUCGUGGAGGAACCUUGGAGAUAACUCGGACGAAGCACCAAGCAGCACGCAGUCAGUUUCAUCUCCAAUAACAAAAAAGAGCAAGAAGAAAAAGAAGGUGAAGAAGAAAAAGACAACGCAGCAUCAGCACAAGCAGAAGAAGAGAUGUUCUUGGUUGUGUUGCAAGGACACUGGACCGUGCUUCUCUUGUUGCAAAUGGCCAAGUUGUAAUGAUGAUGACCUCUCUUGCUGCAAGCGGCUAAAAUAUUGUUUGUGUUGCUGCGGAUUGCCCCAAUGCUGCUUCUCUUCUUGUAGCAGGUUCUUCUGCUGCUGCUGUUCCAGUUCUUCAAAGAAGUUGAUAAAUGAUGAGAUGGCUAUGCAGAAACCACAAAAGGCAGAGUCCAAAACAUCUCAUAAGUGGUUCUGUUGCUUUCCUUCUUGUUGUUCUUCUUAGUUUAGAUUACUACCCCCACUCUAUUUUUUUUUCCUGUAGCUAAAGGGAUUAUAAGAAAUUUUAGUUUUUUCAAAUGUAAGGGUUUCUUGUUUAUUGAGACUGAGAACAGUGAUAAGA